AUCAGAUUUAUUUCCCGUUACAGGUAUCAUUUGUGUUCAGAUGAACCAGAAAUGAUUCAAGGAGUCGAUCUUCUUUUUCACAAUCCGUGGGCAGGACAUCUUCGGCGACUGGCGCGGUGAUUGGUCGUCGGCUCUGUUAAUGAAUAUUAGUGUAAAAAGUAGUCGAAGAGCCGUGUGCGUCUAUUCGCCCUCGACCUGGGAGUCAACCUGCGAGGCGGAGACAGCAAACUCCCCCCAUAACCAUCUCAAAAGGCACGGAGUUUUAUUUUUAAGAACCACGCAACGAAACAGACACCGGCACUGAAGAGAUGCACUAUGUCAUCUUCCGAGGGAAGCAAGCUGUGGGGAGGAAGGUUUGUGGGGGACACGGACCCCAUCAUGGAGAAAUUCAAUGCCUCCAUUGACUAUGACAAGCGAAUGUGGGCGGCCGAUAUACAGGGCAGCAAGGCUUACGUGAAGGCUCUGGAGAAGUCCGGGCUGGUCACUCGACGAGAGAUGGAGCAGAUUCUGCAGGGCCUGGACAAGCUUUCGGAAGAGUGGUCCAAAGGCGUUUUCGAGAUCAAAGCUGGCGAUGAGGACAUUCACACAGCCAACGAGAGAAGACUGAAGGAGCUGAUUGGAGAGGCAGCUGGCAAGAUACACACUGGGCGCAGCAGGAAUGACCAGGUGGUGACGGACAUGAGGCUGUGGAUGCGUGAGGCCAUCUCAACACUGAGCGGCGAUGUAGUGCAGCUGAUCGGCACCAUGGUGGAGCGGGCUGCUGUGGAGAUGGAUGUCCUGUUCCCAGGAUACACUCACAUGCAGAGAGCCCAGCCGAUCAGAUGGAGCCAUUGGAUACUCAGUGGUGCCAUUGCGGGGAACCCAUUCCACAUUGACCGGGAGCUGCUUCGCACAGAACUGCAGUUUGAUUCCAUCAGUAUAAACAGCAUGGACGCCACCGGCCAGCGCGACUUUGUGGCAGAAUUCCUGUUCUGGGCCUCCCUGUGCGCGACGCACCUGAGCAAGCUGGCUGAGGAUCUCAUCAUUUACAGCACCAAGGAGUUCUCCUUCGUCACGCUCUCCGAUGCCUACAGCUCAAUGCCCUUCCGGGAGGCCCACAGCUGCUCGGGGAAAGCCGUGUUCCUGGCCGAGAGCAGGAACGUCCCGCUGAACCAGCUGACCGCGGAGGACCUGCAGACUGUGAGUCCCUUAUUCAGCAGCGACGUGUCUGCGGUGUGGGACUACACCAGCAGUGUGGAGCAGUACAGCGCCCCCGGUGGCACGGCCAGGAACAGCGUGACCGCACAGGUCGAGCACUUCAGGGCGUGGCUCAAGACACGCCGAGCAUGAUGGGAGCGCCCUCGGCUCCAGCGUCCCUGUCAGGUGCGUUCAAGAGCACCCUCCUCGCCUGGCAAAAGGAGCCCAUGGGAGCAGCAUCCUGUGCACUAGUUUUAUUGCUGAAGGGAGGAAACCUUUUUACUUUGCCUGGAAUUGUGUGUUGUAGUGAGCAAACGUGGUGUUAACUGCAUCUUCAAGGGAUCUCUACCUUUUUAAAAAAAAUCUGUGAAUUUGAUGAAUCAGCUGUGGUGAAUACACUGUGUUUGACUGGUUCUUCGUUAUUAAACACAUUGACCACAUCUUUUGGCUGGACAGCUCUACAUCUUCAUUCUCUCAACCUGCAAAGGCAAGUCUGAGCCUCCGGUCAGCCGUUGAUGAUGGAUUAGUCGGUUUCCAUCUUUGACCACAUGGAGGCAGCAAAGUUCAUCUCUCAGUGUUUGGGUGUUCUGGAUACUCUGUGCAUGUGGCAGUGAUUGUGGUUAGUGUUGAGGUUUGACAUUCAAUAAAGGAACAAGUCAUUUUUAAGCGUGAA